AUAUUGCAUCAAAUCAUGAACCCUAAUCUGGGUAUUUCUUCGAUUUCAUGUCAAGUCUAGAUUGGAACUGACAAUCACAUACUAAAGUGAUGGAUAUGUCGUCAGCUUGGCUACCAGAACUGGAAAUGCAAGAUCAAGGGUUCAUGAAUCAAUAUCAGAUGAAUAAACCUUAUCAUCAUCUGAUGGAUGACUUCAGCGUUGAUUCAUUUUCCUCAGAAAGCUACACAGAAAACCCAUCUUUUAUCGAUCAAUCUUUUCAAACUCCAAAGAAUGUUGAAGAACCAUCCAAUAUCAAGCAACUAUCUAGUUACAAAAAAGCCAAUAGUAUUAACAAGAAAUUUACUCCAACCGAAAAACCGAAGCCAAAGCUAGUUUCUGAUACUCCUAACCCUUUCACCAUAUCUUUUGGAGAUAUAAAGCCUAAAGAUGAGAUCCUUACUUUUAGUGAUUCAUUUGGUUGCACAGCAGCUGGUACCAAAAAGGUUCCGACCAUGAUCAGGAACCCGAUUCAAGUUCAAGAUCAUGUAUUGGCUGAGAGGAAGAGAAGAGAAAAGUUGGCUCAACGGUUUAUUUCUUUGUCUUCUCUCCUUCCUGACCUGAAGAAGAUGGAUAAGGCAACUGUAUUAGAAGACGCCGCUAAUUACAUACAAGAACUCCAAGGUCGUGUGAAGGAGCUUGAGGGAUCAUCAGGCUUGAAGAGAAAGAGCCUGCACGAAUCAGUUAUAUCCGCUAAGCGAUCAAGGCUUAGUUGUAGUGAUGAUGAUGGUUCUUCUUCUAAUGAAGCAAACUUUGAAGAGAGUAGUAGCCCUUGCAAUCCAGAGAUUGAAGUGAGGAUGUCCGGAUGUAGUCUGCUAAUAGAAAUCUACAGCCGGAACAACUGCACAUCAUUGGUGAAAGUGUUAAGCGAGAUGCAGAAGCUUGGUUUAUCUGUCAUCAGUAGCAGCACCAUGCCGUUUGCUGAUACCACUCUUCUUAUCACCGUUGUUGCUCAGAAGAAUGAUGACUUCGUCAUGUCAUCAACUGAUCUUGUGAAGAACCUGCAGCUAGCAAUUUGAACUUCUAACUCAACAUGCAAUUCAGAGUUCGAUAAUUCCGUGCAUCCUUUUUCUUCUUUUCCCACGGAGAGCUGAAUGUGAGUAAACCAGGGAUAAGAACUUCUGUCGAUUAUUGCUGGCUGACAACAUCCUUGUUAAUUUGAUCAUCAAACAACUCAUAUGUGCAACGUAUGAACGUGGACAAGCUUCAACCUACUCAGAAAGGAAAAGGAAAUUGAGAAAAAUUGCGUCCCCUUGAUUUGGUCUUUUCAAGUUUUCUUGAACAAGCAUAACAGUACUCUGAAACACUAGAAAAAAUUAAUUCUCAGUUUAAUUCCAUGAGAACCCUUCUUUUGUGGUAGAUAACUUCGUCCUUCUUUAUUUCUGCAUUAACCUCCUUAAUCUUAAUAGUUUCAGAUUUUUACAAGGGUUUAGCUGCAUCUUUUCGUGGAUGACCACGUUUAU